AUGUCGUCGGCUUGCACUCACUCGUCCAUCUGCUACACGUCUUCCCCUCAUGCUAGAACGGUGGGGUUCAAGCGACCUGAUAAAGCAGAAAGACUGGCCGCGGGGGAACCCACAGAAGCCCUGCUCCCAGAGGUGAAAUGUAUGGUCGAUAAUCCUGAAAUCUUUCCUCCCCCCUUGAUUUUACCCGGUGACGACCUUUCAGAGGACCCUGAGUGCCCUCCACAGAGCUAUCAAGAAUGGUUUCGUGAAGAAGAACGAAACCCAGUCACCGGAAAACGCAGAACAGUUUAUGUAGUGCCCGCACCACUGGUGGGCGAUGAAGUUAGCUUCAUGAAGUCCUGGAGCAUGCCUCGUGAUGGUGGAGAGACACCAUUUGUCCCCACACCCAAGUUCCUGGAUAUUUGCGAUUAUUUGGCAUCAUUCUACCAUGGGUUGCCAAUCAAAGCUCUGACCCAGUCACCGCCAGAGUUCAUGUCAUGGGAAGAAUCCCAAAAGUCAAAAAGACCCCUUCCAGACCCCCAAUAUGUCGGACUAAGGGUCGCGGAUGAAUGUGUGGGUAUACGCACUCGAGCAUGCCCUGAUGGCAUAUACUCCAGGCAACUAAAUCUUGACGAUCUUCUCGAUGCUGCAAUCAGCAUGCUCCCAAAAGACGCCUAUGCGCUUCUACUCUUAACAGACCACGAUUUGUACGAGAAUGAUGAAGACAUAUUUGUAUGCGGUCGUGCAUAUGGUGGAAGCCGAGUAGCAGUGGUCUCAAAUGCACGAUAUAAUCCAGUUCUAGAUGCUUUCCAAUCGGUUGACCGUCUCCACGCUUGGCCCCUGUCGCAUUGUGCGGAGUAUAUGUCUACAUGCUGUUCUCUUUCUGAGCCCAGGACGAAACGUCAGAAAAAGUCUCACUCAGCAAAAGCACAGACAAACCAGGAGUCAAGUUGUCCGAAUGAACCACCCUCAACCCCCUUAGGCAUGGCCUUUUCGGUCGGUCGUUCCCUGGCAGCCUUAGACUGGACAGAAGAAUCCCUUGCUGCGCUAUGGCUUGGUCGAAUUUGUAGAACAGCUAGCCAUGAGCUUGGCCAUUGUUUUGGCAUUGAUCAUUGUGUAUAUUACGCCUGUUGUAUGCAAGGCACUGGCUCGAUCCAAGAAGAUGCCAGACAACCACCUUACAUUUGCCCUGUUGAUCAAGCAAAACUACUACGUGCAACUGGAACAACCAAGGCUCUGCGGGAUAGUUCUCUUUUGUCUUUUUGCGAGCGUCCUGAGUUGAGAGAGACUCAAUUCUUUGGCCCCCUUGCUGCAUGGCUUCGCGCAAAGUCAUGUUGA